UGAUUGCUUAUUUUCAUUUUCAGCCAUUUUUAGGGUCAGCUGAUUUUCUCUCCUGAUCGAAAUCCUCAAAAUUUCUCGUACAUCCUUCAGAGUAUUUCUUCCGCUGUUGCACAUGACUGAGGGUCGUCACAGAGAUUGAGUGAGAAACAGUGAGAGUGAGAGAGUGUGUGUGUGAAGUCACCGGACCCACCCGGGAAACAUUCUCGAAAUGGCCUCGGCGCUCAUUCAAUCUCAGCAACUCUCAUCCAACUUCACCCAACUCAUCCCCCACACAUCUUCGCCGGACCUCAACUUCAACUCGGGCCAAUUUUUACUUGCAGCAGCGGCAGUCUCUCUCACUAUGACGUCUCUCAAGGAACCCCGGCGCGUUGCCGAGAUCAUGCUCGCCUGGCUGGGCCUUGAGCUUGUCUCCCUGACCGAGCUACAGACCCUCUGGGCCGGUUAUGGACACAUAUGCGCCAUCGUCGCGAGGGUCGCCGACACUGACGGUGCGGCCACAUCCAUCAGAAUAUCGCCCGCGAUCCGGCAAGAACCAGACGGCACAUACCGCCUCAUCAUUAAGCUCAUCUCACCGCCCCGCGCCAAGGGGAAGGACGAGGGCCACCUGCGGAAGAUGCUGAGCUAUGAGGUCGAGCAGUAUUUCUAUCAAGAAGUGGCGCCGCGCUUGGCUGAAGAUGUCGCGGUCGCGAAGUGCCUCGCUUCGACUCUGGACAUGAAGGCGAGGCCACGGGCGGAUGAGUUGCAAGGGCUCACGGCGACCAUCAUCACCGACCUUAGGCCGCAGUUCCCAGUCGCGGGAGAGAAAAGACUAGUGCUUAAUCGUCGUCAGGUACACGCUGCGCUAGAUUGGUUGGCCAAGUAUCACGGCAGCUCUUGGGCUUCUCUACCGGACGACCUUGGCCGGUUCGUGCUACCACCGCUUGAGGAGGCAACACGGAGGGAGGCCGGCAACGGAGCCGCCGGCCCCAAGUUGUGGCUGAACGGUGGUUACACAUAUCUCGCAACACGAAGGAAGGAAUACGGGUCGCUGUGCAGGGACGAGUACUCGGAGUGGUCGUCCGCCUUUUGCAACCCUGUCGACGGCUCAUCACACUCGAUUGCCGAAAUGGUGGCCGAGUUCCUGACGCCCUCGGGUAGGCCAUUCGAGACCUACAUCCACGGCGACGUCAAGUCCGAGAACCUCUUCACGACCCAGUCUGGCGACAAAGUAGCCUUCUUCGACUUCCAGUACGCCGGGAUCGGAGUCGGUGGCUGCGACAUCGCAAAGCUGUUCACCUGCUCAGUUCCUGUUGAGAUGCUGACGCACCACGAGGAUAUUCCCGAUCAGCUUCCCAUGGGAGACGGCGAAAGAGCUUUGCUAGAAAAGUACCGGGAGACGCUUAUCGACCAGAAGCCGUCAGGAAAAGGCCCUGCAGACUACAACUGGGCCACGUUCGUGCGACAUUGGGAGACUGCUCUCGUUGACUGGUGUCGUUUCCAGGCGUCGUGGGGAUUUUGGGGGAACACGGAAUGGCUUGAAGCCAGAGUGCGUCAUAUACUUUCUGACGAGGGUUGGAGGAAUUGGUUGAAGAGCGAAGUGAAGGGACAGUAGACUUUGAUGUUCAGGUGAAAUUUUAAGCAUUGGAAGAGAGAGCUAGACCAGGAAACCAUGCUUGCUGAUUCAGGGAAACAAUAUUUGACGCACAAGUAUGAUUGGAAACGUCGUUUACAGGGGCGGUUUCGCCCUGUAGCUUUAGUUGUUCGAAUCGUUUUCCCGAAAACACCGACCUCUCGCCAUGGAAGAAACUUCAGCGUCAAGCUGCAUAUUCUUACGGGGUCAAUUUGGGGCAAAAUAGACAAGGC